UUUAUAAAUUCUUUAUUUAUUAUAAUAUUUAAAUUAUCUUGGAUGUAGAGUUAUUGAGUGGUCCCGAGAGAGACAAACUGUACGAAAUCCAACGGGAAUGGGAUGUCUACACCGAGAACAGGACUCUUAAAGCUCUCAAAUGUUUGCAAAUAAUCACUUCCAGGCCCAAAUGUCUGAAUAUAUUGGUGACAUCGGUUCCAUUAGUGCCAUCGUUAGCCAAAGUGAUGAUCUUCGGAGUGGCGCCUAAUUUCAAUAUAGAGAACAUCUAUAGUGCAGUCAAAUCAGGCAAAGAAAGUAUUUUUCAGCGAAUAGUGAAUAGAUUUGGCAAAAAGUGUACGUAUGUGGCCAUUGGGGACGGCAAGGAUGAAGAGAUCGCCGCCAAAAAG